AUGGAGUACACCCUUGAGCCCAAUGUGACAGCAGUGACUGACUACUAUUACCCUGAUAUCUUCUCGAGCCCCUGCGAUGGAGAACUUCCCCAGAGAGACAGCAAGUUGCUGCUUGUCAUCUUCUACUGCCUCCUGUUUGUGUCAGGCCUGCUGGGCAACGGUCUGGUCAUCCUGGUGCUUGUGGCCUACAAGAAGCUGCAGAGCAUCACGGACAUCUACCUCUUGAACUUGGCCCUGUCAGACCUGCUGUUCGUCUUCUCCUUCCCCUUUCUGACCCACUAUCAGCUGGACCAGUGGGUGUUCGGGGCUCUGAUGUGCAAGCUGGUGUCUGGCUUCUAUUACGUCGGCUUCUUCAGCAGCAUGUUCUUCAUCACCGUCAUGAGCGUGGACAGGUACCUGGCCGUCGUCCACGCUGUGUGUGCCCUCAGAGUGAGGACGGCCAGGAUGGGCAUGGCUCUGAGCCUGGCCGUGUGGCUGACCGCCAUCGUGGCCACCAGCCCGUUGCUGGUGUUUUAUCAGGUGGUCCCUGAAGAUGGCGUUCUGCAGUGUUACCUGUCCUACAACCAGCAGACUCUGAGGUGGAAGGUCUUCACCCACUUCGAAAUGAACGUCUUGGGCCUGCUGAUCCCUUUCGCCAUCCUCAUGUUCUGCUACGUCCGUAUCCUACAGCAGCUGAGACGUUGCCACAACCACAAGACCAAGGCCAUCAAGCUGGUGCUCAUCGUGGUCCUUGCGUCUCUGCUCUUCUGGGUCCCCUUCAACGUGGUCCUCUUCCUCACCUCCCUGCACAACAUGCACGUCCUGGACGGCUGCGUCAUAAGCCAGCGGCUGAUUUACGCCACCCACGUCACGGAGGCCAUUUCCUUCACGCACUGCUGUGUGAACCCUGUCAUCUAUGCCUUCAUGGGAGAGAAGUUCAAGAAAUACCUCUCCGACAUAUUUCAGAAGAGCGGCAGCCACGUCGUCUUCUACAUAGGCAGGAACGUGUCCCGGCAGGGCUACGAGAGGUCAUCUUCCUUCCCCCCGUCUUCCUCGCGUUCCUCCACCGUGGACCACAUCUUGUGAGGAGGGGCCCACAAAGCAGGUAUCUGCUCUCGUCACCACUCUUCUCUAAAGAGACAACAGUGACUUAUAUUGGAAUUGAAGGUCACAUGAAGAGAAACUCCCAGAACUUUGGUUAUGGAUCUGAAACAUAUCAUACGGUAUUCAGUGAAUUCCU